GUGAGAGAGGGGUGAGAGAGGGGUGAGAGAGUCCGGGGGCAGACUAUGCCUGGAGCAGCAUCUCGCUGGUGCGUCGUCAGCCCACGCCAUGGAGAGCUGGUGAGGGAGGUUUAAAGGGCUAAGCAGCAGCCUGGGCACCUGGGCACUUCCCAUCUCAGCCCUGCUCUUCCUCCUACACCUCAUGUGGGAUGGCUGCCCCUCACCACCUGACCACUGAUGGCCCGGCCAGCCUGGAUCUCCACUCCCUGGGGCCAGCAGACCGCACAGACCUCGACCUGCUGCACGUGAAGAGCCGCAGGUCCCUGAAUGGCUGCGUCCCACUGUCCCAUCAGGUGGCUGGCCACAUGUAUGGCAAGGACAAAGUUGGUGUGUCCAAAUUCUUUUAUAAUGGGACUUCACUGAGAAAAGAUGUAGUAGCCAACUGCAUUCAACAAGUUCAGAGCAUUCUAGCAUGGUUUGAAAAUCAAGAGAGUCUUAAUUUUUAUGCAAGUUCGUUACUAUUUGUCUAUGAGGGUUCACCUUCACAAAUCACUAAAAGACUUAUUGAUGGAAGUAUGGUGGACCAUAGAGUUGUCCAGAGAGGAACGUUGACCGAUGGUGAGUUGGCAGAAUGCAACAACAACAUACAUGUAUUAUGCGCUACAGAAAAUGGCAAGCCUGAAGAUUCUUUAGAAAAGAACCUGUCUAGGAGAUGUGGAAAUCAGAAGAAGGCAUGUUCCAAGCGUCAUCACAGUCAGGUCUCUAAGGAAGUGGAAAGCUCAGAUCGAGACAAUACGAGGAAAAGUCGAAACAAUAUCUCACAAGAACAUGUGAAUGGAAACCUUAUUCCCAAACUGGAAAAUGUAUUUUGCCAUGUUCCUGCAGAUCUGAAUCCAUGCAGCCAGGUAGAUGUACGGAUGAUUGAUUUUGCGCAUGUUUUUCCAAGUAAUGGCAAAGACACAGGCUACAUCUAUGGACUCAAGAAUUUGAUUGCUGUGCUGCAAAGUAUCUUAACUGAAUGAAGAUCUCCUGUAAUUUAAAUGGGGGCCAAUGACACGAUAAUCAAGAACAGCAUACCUUCAAGAAUACUUGCACUUGUAUUUGUUGUUAACUGGAUAUUUUUAUUGUGAUUCUAUAUCUUAACCUGAUUUUGUUUUUGUUUUUUCAUCUUGGUGGAGUGGACUAGCUUUUAUAAUAUUACUCAGGAAAAUUAAAGUGGUAUGUAAGUAUCAUAAAAAGCUUUUAAUAUGAGCAUAAUCGAGUGGAUGGUGUUUCCUUUAACAGUAGAAUGAAGUGGUUAUCAUGGUGCUAAUGUUGAGGGACCCACUUCUGAUGACCUUUAGAUAAAACUAACAUGAUUUAUGGGACCAUA